AUGGCUGAUGGACUAAACGACGCCCGCGCCAUGCGCGUUGCAGAGAUCGUGACCGACUUCCGAAACCUCCAACACUACAUCGCGCAAAUACGAACAUCGCCUACGGCAGAGGAGUACUACCUCGAAGGGUACGCCUUGGUCCGACAAUGCGUCGCAGAAGGAAGGUCGAUUCUCGCAGGUCCUUUCUCAGCCUCGUCAGUACCGCCGAGUGGGAACCCCGAGGCAGAGAAGGCUCAACUGAGGUCUGUCAUUCUGGACGCCAGUGUCCGUCGGUUCAAAAGCCAGAGGACGUACCUUCGAGCCACCGCUGCGAUGCGCUGGAUCAACGCUCGCAAUGCUGUACUGAGAGGUCCGAGAUCGCAUGGGCGCCAGGCGCAGCUACAAGCAGUCGAUCAGUCUUUGCGCGUGGAACUGGCUUCCAUUACUGACGAGCGCGUUGAGUAUUCCCUGCGGGUCCAGGAUGCUGCUCAGGGCAAAUGGCUCGCCGAAGACCCGUCGCUGGCGACGAUCCAACAGAUGAUUCGACGAUGA